UCGUAACCUGUGGCAGUGAUGGAGACGUCAGGAUUUGGGAAAACCUGGAUGAUGAUGAUCCAAAGUCCAUUAAUGUGGGAGAAAAGGCCUAUUCGUGUGCUCUAAAGAAUGGAAGACUGAUCACAGCAGUAUCUAACAACACUGUUCAGAUUCAUACUUUUCCUGAGGGAACUCCAGAUGGCAUCCUGACUCGUUUCACCAUGAAUGCCAACCACAUUGUCUUUAAUAGCGACGGUACCAAAAUUGCUGCUGGUUCUAGUGAUUUCAUGGUCAAAAUUGUGGAGGUGACUGAUAGCAGCAAGCAGAAAACAUUCCGAGGACAGGAUGCUCCUGUUUUAAGCCUUGCUUUUGAUCCCAAGGAUGAUUUCCUGGCAUCGGCAAGCUGUGACGGGUCUGUCAGAGUAUGGAAAAUCGCAGAUCAGGCUUGUGUGACAAGCUGGCAGCUGCUGCAGAAAUGUAACGAUGUGAUAAAUGCUAAAUCAAUAUGUAGGCUUGGCUGGCAACCUGGAAGUGGGAAAUUCUUGGCAGUUCCUGUAGAUAAAGCUGUUAAGCUAUACAGAAGAGAAACCUGGGAUAACAAACUGGAUCUAUCGGAUACUUUCAUCACACAGCCCUUGAAUGUUGUGGUCUGGUCUCCUUGUGGGCAAUACCUGGCAGCUGGAAGUGUGGAUGGGAGUAUAGUGGUAUGGAAGGUAGCAACCCAGGAGUGCAUAGAGAGGAUGAAACAUGAGAAAAAAUACACAAUUUGUGGGCUGGCAUGGCACCCGAAAUGUGGGCAGAUUGCUUAUACAGAUACUGAAGGAAAUCUGGGGUUGCUGGAAAAUGUUGGUGAUGGAAAGAAACCAAAUGCUAAGGUCACUGGUGCAGUGACGAAAGACUAUGAUGAUCUAUUUGAUGGAGAGGAUGAUGACUACUUAAAUGGAGAUAUGAUUGAACCACAGUCUUCCCCAAAGGCUGUAGCUAAUGAAGAUGAUGGUGGUGAUGAUGAUGAUCUUGCGCCUACUUCAGGCCGUCCAAGACGGACAAUAAUUGAUGACGAUGAUAAUUUGCUAGAUAUUGGGUUGAUAAAAGCUAGUUCUAGUCUCCUUGAAAAGGAGAAUGAAGAUGAGGACCAGGCUGCUGGCUUUACAGAUUUACCAACAUUGUCUACUCAACGGCCUUUAUAUGAUGGGCCAAUGCCAACGCCCAGGCAAAAGCCUUUCCAGUCUGGCUCUACCCCUGUACAUCUCAUGCAUCGCUUCAUGGUAUGGAAUUCUGUUGGUAUCAUACGCUGUUACAAUGAUGAGCAAGACAAUGCUAUAGAUAUAGAAUUCCAUGAUACCUCCAUACAUCACGCGACUCACCUGCCAAAUUCUCUGAAUCACACGAUGGCUGACCUUUCUACUGAAGCUAUUUUAUUAGCCUGCGAGAGUACAGAGGAACUGGCAAGCAAGCUCCACUGCAUUCAUUUCAGCUCAUGGGAUGCGAACAAGGAGUGGACAGUGGAUAUGCCAGAGGAUGAAGACAUUGAGGCCAUCUGUCUGGGCCAUGGCUGGGCUGCUUGUGCCACUAGUGCCCUGCUAGUUCGUGUCUUCACUGUUGGAGGGGUUCAGAAAGAGAUCUUCAGUCUUCCAGGAGCAGUGGUGUCUAUGGCAGGACAUGGAGAGCAAUUGAUGAUUAUUUAUCACAGAGGUACUGGGUUUGAUGGGGACCAAUGUCUUGGAGUGCAGCUGCUGGAAUUAGGAAAAAAGAAAAAACAGGUUUUGCAUGGAGACCCUCUUUCUCUUGCAAAGAAAUCCUACUUGACGUGGAUUGGAUUCUCAGCAGAAGGUACCCCCUGUUACGUGGAUUCUGAGGGGAUCGUGCGGAUGUUGAACCGUGGAUUUGGGAAUACCUGGAUUCCAGUGUGCAACAUGAGGGAGCAUUGCAAAGGAAAAUCUGAUCAUUACUGGGUAGUUGGCAUCCAUGAAAAUCCCCAGCAGCUCAGGUGUAUUCCUUGUAAAGGAGCUCGAUUCCCACCUACGCUCCCGCGUCCUGCUGUAGCAAUAUUAUCUUUCAAACUUCCUUACUGUCAAGUUACGACAGAAAAGGGACAGAUGGAGGAACAAUACUGGCGUUCUGUUGUAUUUCAAAACCAUAUGGAUUACUUAUCAAAAAAUGGCUAUGAACUUAAUGAAAUGGCUAAAAAUCAGUCAGCAAAAGAACAACAAGAACUUCUAAUGAAACUCUUUGCCCUCGCUUGUAAACUGGAGCGUGAAUUUCGCUGCGUGGAACUUGCUGACCUCAUGACACACAACGUUGUGAACCUGGCUAUCAAGUAUGCUUCUCGUUCCCGGAGGCUGAAUCUAGCCCAGCGCCUUAGCGAGAUGGCUGUGGAGAAAGCAAGUGAACUAGCCACAGCGGAGCAGGAGGAGGAGGAGGAGGAGGAGGAGGAAGAGGAUUUCCGAAGGCAUUCAAAAAUGGAAGAUGAGGAGGAAGCUGAUGCAUGUGAGGAAGCAGAAGCAACACCAGAGGCACAUAAACAGAGGCCAAAUCCUUUCUCCAAAGGUGUUGCUUCAAAAGAGGUGAUUACUCCUAAGUCUGCUGUAAUUUCAUCAAGCAGCCAAGGACGAGUGAAUCCCUUUAAGGUGUCAUCUAACAAAAAGGACCCAGUGGUUCCCUUGGCUAAUGUUCUAGACUCCAUGAGCAAAUACUCAAAGAAAACUCCUUCGUCCAGCAGUCGGGUUGUGAACAAGGAGAAGUCUCAGGUUAUAAAACCUCUGAUUCCCAAACCAAAGUCCAAGCAGGUUUCAGCAGCCUCCUUUUUUCAGCCUCGUACACCAAAUUCUAAUGAAAAAAUAGUGGAAGAAAGAGAAGAAAAAGCAGAAAAUGAGUGUCCUGUUGACAAAGUUGCUGUGCAAGAGAACACUGAAAACAAAAGACCAAGAACAGGAUUCCAGUUAUGGCUAGAAGAGAACAGAGCAAACAUUUUAACAGAUAAUCCUGAUCUGAAUGAAGCAGAAGUAAUAAAAGAAGGCAUGAAUCGGUUUAGAAUGCUGUCGGCAGAAGAACGAAUGGUAUGGACUGAGAAAGCAAAAGGAGGCACAGCUAAUGAUUUACCCGAAGCUAAAAAGCGAAAGCGUCCUGCAGCUGGUGAAGAUGAGGAGAAAAAGCAGGAGGAAAAAUCAGAGGACUCAAAUUCAUCCAAAAAAAUAAAACCUUUAGAUCAAUCUACAAAUGUCAGACUGUCAGCUUUUGCAUUCAAGCAAAGUUGAACAAUGUGAUACCUUCUCAGCAUGUUUUCUCAAAACGUGA